GCCUGAGAAAUGGAUUUGAAGAUGUAUUUGACCAAGGCUUUCAAGCUUGUACACACAGUAAAAGUUCAUAACAGCCGAUGUAGACCAAAGUUGAGUUAAACUACGUGGACUCCCACCUGACAAUCCUAAGCCCGCCCGCAUGGGAAAACUGGGAGGACACAAUCAAGGCAUAUCAGGCUUGCGAGAGCGCGCCUGCGCGUCCCGGGUGGCGAGUGACCCGUCUUUCCAGCGGCUGAAUCUCGCAGCUCAUCGGGAUAAAGAGGAAACAAAAGACCGACGCGGUGAAAGUGGGAGUGAAAUGUUGAAAUAAACCGGUUAUUUCCCGUGGAGACGUGUCGUCGCUCCUAUCAGACUGGUGGACCUUUGAACCUUGAAAAGAUGUCCGAAUAGAGCCCCCCGCCCCCCCUCUCUGCCUCCCAUAUGCUCAUCAACCUGACUCAAGCAAUCAAGGAACCUUGUGCCUUUCAUGGAACGCUGCCUCCCCUCCCCGCCGCCCCUGUGCAAGUGAAAGCCAUGGAUUCAUGCACGGUGAUGAUGGUGCCUCCCAUGGCACCUCCGCCGCCACCUCCGCCUCCUCCUCCACCACCUCCACCUGCUUCCUCCUCACCUUUGAGCCGAGCGGGCAGUGCCAGUCGGAGUCGACUGAGGAAACUCAACUGGGAGCGUAUCCCCAAAGAGAAGGUGGAGGGGAGGAAGAGCGUGUGGAGCGGUGCGGGCCCGGGCGAGGAUGAAUUCCCCAUAGAUCUUCACUCAUUGGAUGAACUGUUUGGCCAGAAGGACAGUAAGCCUCAGGACAGGACAACCACGCUGAGACGGCGGUCUGCUCUGCUACGCUGCAGAACUCCUCAGGACAGUCCUGAAGAGAUCUCCCUACUGGAGUCCAAACGCAGUAUGAACAUCGGGAUAUUCCUUCGCCAGUUCAAAAUGCCAGCUAAGGAGAUAGUUGAGGACAUCAGGCAUGGUGCUGGUGAUCGCUACGGAGCCGAGAAGCUCACGGAGCUCUGUAAACUGCUGCCUGACAAUGAGGAGGAAUCUCGCCUGAGGAGGUUCAGUGGGGAGCGCAGUUGGCUUGGAGAGCCUGAUCUUUUCAUGCUCCUGCUGGUGGAAGUCCCCAGUUUUCGCCUACGUUUGGAUGCCAUGAUCCUACAGCAAGAGUUUGACCCUGCUCUGACCUCUCUGUGUGUGGCAGCCAGAUGUCUGAGGGAGGCGGCCAGAGAACUGCUGAGCUGUCCAGAACUACACUCCAUCCUCCGCUUGGUGCUUAAAGCAGGGAACUACAUGAAUGCUGGUGGAUACGCGGGGAAUGCAGCUGGAUUCCGAAUUUCAUCACUACUCAAACUGGCUGACACCAAAGCAAACAAACCCGGCAUGAAUCUGCUGCAUUUUGUAGCAAUGGAAGCUGUGAAAAAGGAUCAGAGUUUACUUUCAUUUCCUAGCCAACUGGGCCACGUUGGCUCCGCCUCAAGGUUGUGUGAGGAGUCUGUGUUGGAGGAUUUAUCCAAGUUAAAAAGCAGAGUGCUGGCGCUGAAAGUAAAUGUUCAGACGGAGGCGGAGAUUUUGCAGCAUACGCAACCUUUCCUGGAGGUGACAGAGGAACGUCUAAAGGAGGCAGAGGAUGAAGUUGAGGGAAUGAGGAUGUCUAGUAGAGCGCUCGUGGAUUUUUUCUGUGAGGAUGACAGCACAUUUAAACUAGAGGAGGCCUGCAGGGUCUUUGACUUAUUUUGCUACCGCUUCCAAAAAGCUGUCAAGGAGAAUGCAGAGCGUGAACUGAAGGAGAAGAAACGUCUGGAACGUCAGAGGGUGAUUGGGGAAAAGCGACGCUCUCUGGCUGUGUGCACAGGUCUGGAUCUUGGGCUCAGCUUGGCUAGAGAGCCUCACGGUCAGGACAACCAAGAUGAGCUGGAGAAACUCCUGGAGAAGAACUUGAGCUACACCUGGAACCGUCGUAGCCUGAGAAGCUCUGAGUCGCGCCGGUACUCCCACCACCUGUACAGUGACAAGAGCUUCCCAGAGCUAAGCAGCAGCCCAACAUCCUUCAGUUGUCACUCGAACAGCUCGUCUGAUCACGAGAGCUCCAUCGUGCUUUGUAGCUCUCCAGAGAUGGACGGUACUUGUUCUCCCGUGGGUAAAGCAGGUGUUUUGGAUGGGGGCAACAGGACUGAGUCGAGUAUGGAGGGUGUUCAUGACCCUCAUAUUGCAACAUAUUCACAACAUGGACGUGGUUUCAGGGUUGGGAAACAUGGGUCUAAGAGCAUUUCUAUUGAGCAACUACACGCAACUGAAAGUGGACUUCCGGCUACCAAGAACACGGAGUAUACGCCCAUCUCCUGUCGGAAUUCUGCUGCUUUAAAAACUGAUACACCUUCCCAGACCUCCAGUCAUGGACACAGUUUUGGCCUUCCUCUGACUGACAAGAGUAAUCCUCUUCAGAAUAAAUCUAAUAACACUUGUGAUGAUGGGUGUGCUAACAAGAAUGGAAUACUUCACAGUGACAACCGGACAACAACAGUGAGACUUCAGAGAUCUGAGAAAGAAUGUGUUAAUGCUCCAGAUAAAAUGGAGUUACCACCACUAAACAGAGUAAUUACAGCAAGUGUUGCGAUGUCUGGUCCUGGUGACGCUCUGAGAAAGCAGAUACAUGCAGAAGGGUUGUUGACUCCUCCUCUCAAGGAGACCUGGAUGCCACCCAGUCUUCCAGAAUUCAGCCAGUCACACCCAGAAGUGUGCUCGGACGUGCCGACUCCUGAGAGGGAACUUGCAAGGUCAUACUCUCGUGUGGGGGAGACUCUAGAGUGCCACACUCUUGUGAAAGGCCUCCGGUCCUAUGACACCCUGUCACCCCCGACGUCUCCACUCCCGCGUCCCACACCCAGCCUCUGCUCCAAGUGGAGGAAAGAGAGGGAGGUUGUUCCUCGGGAGGCACCAAUGCUGCCACCUCCAUCAUUAAAAGAGGAGAGUGGAGGCUUGAAGCUUCCUGUGCGGAGUGGGAUCAGGGCCAAAAGAGGACUUGGGUCACGUGCUGGACCUGCACAAGCCUGCACAAGUAUUCCAAGGGUGCGCCCCAAAACGGAGGGUUCAAAUAAUGUUGCCCCAGCUGUGACACAGUUACCAGCCCCAAGCCGUCCAACAAGCUCGCGUUUGUCCAUGCAUUUGUCUCCUGUCACUCAACCAACUUCACUCCACGCAAAUGUGAAGAGAAGUAGCAGCACACGUGAGAGGCAGCAGAUUAUAAAUGACACACAACCUUUGGCAAAAACCCCCCUAAACAAAAGGACCUUAGAGAGACCAACAGCAGAGAAGGUCUCAAGCAGGACCGAGUCCACCUUCAUCAGAGGAAGUCCUCUUCGUGUGUCCAAACGGGUUGCCCCCAACUCCGAGACUCAGGCUCCCGUCCAGGCUGUCUCUGCCCACAGCCCCUCGUCUGCCACCACCAAGACAAUACGUACGACAGUCAAAUCUGCCACCCGGAAUAAAAAUCCGAAAUCCACAAACACGAGUGCCUCUCCUGCUACCUCUAAAAUCCCUUCACGAAUUCCUGGUUCCAAAAUGCCUCGACCUACUACAACUCAGCCACUGUGGAAGUAAUAAUGAUGCCUUUCUGGGUCUAGAAGUCUAUGCAGAUAUGGUUAUUCCUUAACUUAAUAAACUCCAGAUCCACUAUAUUGUACACAUUGCCUUUGUAGCAGAUCUACUUUGCUGUCCACCACGACAUGUUAUCUCAUGUGUUUCAAGCACCAGCAGAGGAGUAGAUCCUCUUAAUAAGCCCUACCUCCUUUUUAUGUUCAUUUGUAUCCAUUGCAGGCAAUUGGAUGCGACUGUAGAGCAGGUAAACACUCAAUUGGUGUCUGGACAAACAGCCAAAUGUGCCCAGUCAGAUUACCGCUAGUGCGCUUGUUACCGUCAUUAAAAGUGUAUUCAUCAGUGGCAUGUAGGUAUAUUUUCCAAACACUGUGAUGCCUGUGCUAUUGUGUUCUCACUCUUGCUUGGUACAAACUUUGUAUCCUUCUGUUGUGAAGCCUCAUCGUUCCGAUGCACUUUUUUUGACUGAAGAAGAGGCCAUGAGGAGAAUUUGACUGUUUUGUUGUUUUAUAUUAAAAAAAAUAACUUAAUUGAAUAACAGUGGUUGUUGUUCACUGUUUUAUGUGGAUUUGUAAAUAAGAUAAAUAAAGGCGUUGCU